GGGCGGCAGGAGGGGGCCUGGGGCAAGAUGGCGGUGAAUCAGAGCCACACCGAGAACCGCCUUGGGGUCGUCAUUCCUUUCAGCGACAGUGUCUUGACUCAUUACCAGGAUGUGGACCUCUCCUUCCCGCAGCAGCCAGAGAGAUCCAGUCUCUUCGCUGGUACAAAGAGGGGGACGCUGUUUCUCACUUCAUACCGGGUGAUCUUCGUGACCUCACACUCGGCCAACGAUCCCAUGUUUUCUUUCAUGAUGCCCUUUGAUCUGAUGAGGAACUGCACCAUUGAACAACCGGUCUUUGCCGCCAACUACAUUAAAGGGACUAUUCAGGCAGCUCCGGAUGGUGGCUGGGAAGGACAGGCUACUUUUAAGUUAACCUUCACGAAAGGAGGUGCCAUCGAGUUUGCCCAGUUGAUGACGAAAGCGGCCUCUGCUGCUGCCAGAGGAGUUCCACUUGGAAGUGUGAAUUACUGGUUCAGCCCUCCAGGACUCUAUGUAGUUACCGGGCAGGGGAACAUGAUGUGCACGCAACAGAUGCCUUGUCCAGCAUACCCACCUGUUGUCUAUGGACCUCCACAGGCCGGAUAUGGACCUCCACAGGCCGGAUACGGACCGCCACAGGCCGGAUACGGACUCCCGCAGGCGGAAUAUGGAUACCCACCAGGGGGAUACAGUCCUCCACCUGUGGGAUAUGGAGCCCCACCAGGGGCAUACAGAGCCCUGCCUGUGGGAUACAGAGCCCUGCCAGCUGGAAACGAAACCUCAGUGGCUGGAAGUGAAAACGCACAGGCUGCAAAUGAUACCCUGCCUUUGGGAUAUGAAGUUUCACCUGCUGGAAUCAGAGCUGGGUCUGGCCAAUCUCAGCCUCCUGGGUACGAGGCUUCUCUUCCCCAUGCCUCAUUUCAGACCCCUUCACCAUCCACCAGGAAUUAAGCCUUGAGGACUCGCCAAGCAAAGUGGCACCUGAAAACCGAAGUCAGGAUAAGAAGGUGGACUCAGUCAUGCGUGUACCAGGUGGAUUUGAAGUGAAGUCCAACACGCUAGAAGGCUAAGCGUACUAAAGCUUGGAGGCCUUAGGAAAUCAACGAAUCCACACUUACUGAGUGCUGGAGGCAGGACACGAACUCAGGCUGAUUCCGGAGCCUGCGACCUUAACCUCUGCUGGAGGAGCCCACUCCCUACCAUCCUCUUUUCAUCCCACGGGUGCCAGGCAGUCGGUAGCGUUUCCUGUGCACACGGUGGCCUGAUCCUGUCUACACAUCUGUGAGAUCCUGGUACUGUCCGAGUGAAGAUGUGAAGGGUAACAGAGGAGAGGGAGCUGGCCAUGCAGAUCGCUGUGGAAGAGUGUAAAGACAGCUUAAUUGCAAGGUGGCUCAAGACCCAUAUGAACGUGAGAAGACUCCUGUUCUCAAGGAAGGAAAAUGCUUGAAAACAAGAUUGCAAGCCAACCAGAGUGAGAGAGAUCCGAUCCAGUCCACAUCAUACAGCUUGGGGAUGGAGACUGAUUUCUAGGUUCUUGGUAGAACACGGGCCUCCUUCCUGCCUAUGUCCUGAGGAGAAAGGAAAAACUGAUGUAACCGAAGAGGCUGGGGUCACCUCGGCUUUACCCCCUCAAUUAAAGUCUGCUUGCUGUCGCAACAUC